AUGGAUCCCAAGGACUCCAUCAUCCAGCUGAUCGUGCCGAAUUGCGCUGGGGAUACGGAGCGUCUCCAAGUUCACCGCGGUGUUCUUGGCAAGAGCUCAGAGUUCUUCCGAAGAGCUAUGAAGCCCGAGUGGACCGAUCGGAAAGAAGAUUCAAAGACUCUGGAUCUUCCCGAGGAUUCGGCGAACAUCGUCACCGACUAUAUCAAGUGGCUUUAUGACGGAGAAAUUCCGAUCGGCUCACGCGCGGCCCACGAAGCCACCCACGACAGCAGCGCUGGAGAGGCGGAGAAGUUCCUCGCUCAACUUGCACGAGCAUACGUAUUUGCGGAAAGGAUCAUGGAUGUCAAGUACAAAAACGCGUUGUUCCAGGCUAUAUACACGGCUCAAAACAAGUUCGGCUUGUGCAUGGGGAAUGAGAGCGUCAAGAUUGUCUAUGAUGGCACGCCUUCCGGAUCUCCACUGCGACGCUUAAUUGCUGCAGACGUCGCGCACAAAGCGUACGAUGACUUGAAAGAAGGGGGUGGCUGGAUGGAAGACUUGGAAUCGUAUUCAAGAGAAGCUCUGAUAGAUGCAUUACAAGCCACGUUGAGGGUGCGUUGCAAGGCAGACGCCCCCUACCCUAGCGUCGGGUGGUACAUUGAGGAUGAGGAGUAG